AUGGCGAAGACGGACAUCGCCAACAUCGUGGACACCUUCUUUAUCGGCCGCUUCGUGCUCCUGGCCGUGAUGAGCCUGGUCUUACUUGGGUGCCUGUUCCUGCUCCUGAUUUACCACCUCAUGGAGCCGGUGUACGCCAAACCGCUCCACGGCAGCUAGCGGCAGCCGGAGGCAGCAAUCCCUGCGAAGAGAAAAUCCUAUUUUCGUGGCAAUAAACCAGGAAGGGUGGCGACCGGGAGGCUGUUCUGGAGGUGAACACGUCGAGUUUUUCCGAGCUCAGAAAGAGCCGGCGAAGCAAGCGAAGUGUGUCGCUUGCACCCAGCGCUGCGUUUUUCAUCUUUAAAAGCAAAGUUUGGACUGAACACGAGCGCCUUCCUCUCCACGGACUCUGCAGACUGCAAAGGUGCUUUAACCUCUCUCUUCUUUUUAUCUUUUACAGCAGAGUUGAAAUCCAUGCACUUUGAACUACACUUGAUUCAAUGAAUUGAACGGAGCCGAGACGGUUUGUUAUUGGUACCCACAAGAGAUGGUUUGU